AUGUAUCGUAUUGACUGUGAUGUGCAGUGUGUCAAGGUGAAGCCUCGGCAAGAAGGCCUACUAAGUCACAGCGUAGCCGUGACCUGCCUACCUGCUUACAACUGCUGCAAGCCCCGAGAGUUCACACGCAUAUGCGCAUGGGAAGCUAGGAUAGCAAUGUCACACCGACUUACUUUGCAGUUCUGGUUUGUCAGGUCAGGGGGACGCAUGAAAUUCGGUGUCGUACAAUCCGUGGUUGCAUAUUCCGUAUCCGGGCUGAUGAUGUACGUGUGCGGUGCAGUACGGUACGGUACGGGAACAAGUGUUGUGCUUGAAACCGAGCCCAAGUUCGCGGGUGACCGUUGUGAAAGGAUGACAGGGGAUCCGCAAUGUUGGGUUCGGGGUUCCAUUCUGGUAGCUGGGUUAGCAAGCAUUGCCUAUUCCAGUCAAUACAGCAGAACCUGUGCUUUCAAAAGCAAAAUGUCAUUUGUUGAACAAGUGCAGUUACAGUAUCAGCUAUACGUGCGCGCUGCGAGGGUAUUAACCAAUUGGGAUAGAGCAAGUAAAAUACUUGGACGCUUCAUCCAUCACCAGUCCCAGGUCCCUGGUCUGUACUUUACAAGGUCCAAUUUGGGUUCGACGGGCGGCCAGUCAUCGGCUAAAUUGGAAGCUGCAUAUGGUUCUACUACUGCUACGCGACUCAAGGGUAGGCCUGCUAGAACAUCAGCAGUCAGCUAUAGAGGGAAGGAACGAGUGGGUUUUACGAGGGAGAAGGAGCACACAGACCAGCCUGACCACGUUUUUGACGUCUCCCACAGAUAG